AGACGAUGAAAAAUGGCGAUUCCUGCAAGGUUCCUGAGCUAUGGUGUGCGGUUUUAUAAGAAGUAUAUUUGGAAAACAUGCUAUUCCUCUGCAGUUAACAUACCACGAACAUGCAAAGCUUUAGUUUAUAAAGAAUAUGGCGAUCCUACCAAAGUUAUCAGUUUGCAGGAUCAUGAAUUGCCUGAAUUCACUGAACAAAGUGUGUUCCUGAAAAUGCUGGCUGCACCCGUAAAUCCAGCAGAUAUCAACAUGGUGCAAGGAACAUAUCCCAUCAAGCCUUGCUUGCCUGCGGUUGGUGGUAACGAAGGUGUUGGUGAAGUUAUAGCUGUUGGUAGCCGAGUAGAGAACAUUAAUGUUGGAGACUGGGUACUAAUGGCUGAUUCAGGACUUGGGUGUUGGUCAGAGAAGAAGGUUUUGAAUAAGAAGGAUGUUUUAAAGAUCCCAUAUAAAGAAGGUCUACAAAUAGAAGUCGCAGCUAUGCUCUCUGUCAACCCCUGCACGGCUUACAGAAUGCUCAAAGACUUUGAACGUUUACAGCGAGGUGAUGUAAUUCUGCAAAAUGGUGCUAACAGCGGUGUAGGGCAGUCUGUUAUACAACUUGCUGCAUCUUGGGGCAUCACUUCAGUAAACAUUGUCAGAGAUCGGUAAAUAAUCUCUCCUCAUUUUCUUUCGUUAUUCUGCAUCGUAUUUAGCUAAGGAAUUGCUUACAAUGUUUGUUUUCUGGACACAGAGAAAAUAUUGAGGAGUUAAAACAAAAUUUAACGUCACUUGGGGCAAACUACGUCUUUACAGAAGACGAAUUUCAGAACGCAAAUAGGAU